CGCACCAAUCGGAACCUGUUUCUUAAUCAAAUUUAGCUGAGCCCGUAACAAAACAGAUAAGCCCAAUAGAUUCACCGUUCACGCCUUUACCUGAUCUCUUAGUUGGCCCAUUAAUAAGCCCACCCAAGUCCAUAAGAAAUAAGAAUAUUGACAAUUACGAAAUGACCAAAAACACCCUUCGCGCAUCUCGAGAUCUCUCCCUAAACAAAGUCACAACGGCCGGUGUAAAUAGCCUAUGCUUUUAAGGGUAUUUUCGGAAACUUCAAUUUGAAUCUCCCAAUGCUCUUUCUUUGCUCUCUCUGUCUUUUGUCCUUUUCCGUCAUUUCACAUUACUCUCUUCUUCUUCUCCUCUCUGACCGUUUCUCAUCUCCAGCUCUCAUUUUCUCUCUCAUCUUCAACCUCUUAACUCUCUUCUCUCUACUCUUUCUUUGGACGAAUCUGUAAACAUUGAAAGGAAGGUAAAGAAACAGAGAGAUCUAUUUUGGUCUGCAGGGUUUAAGCAGAGGUUGGUUUAUCAAUUUCUUUCUUCAGAUUUACUCUACAAUGAAGUGAGAAUUUCAAAAAAUUAACAAAGAAAAAACUUGGGACUUUAGCAAGAUGGAGACUGUGAGACCAAUGGUUGUUGCUCCUAAGGGUAAACUCAGACGCAAGUUUGCUAAAGUUCUUAACAUUCAUAAGCUAACGGGUGUUGCUCCAGAAGGGGAAAUGAAGAAGAUAAAGUUCGAUUCCAAAACCGCUAAGUUGUCUGAGUCUUUCUACAAGCUUGAGGAAGAGUAUGAGAGAAGUCUGGCAUUUGAAGCUCUUCUUGCGAAGCUUUUUGCUACGGUUUCUUCCAUAAAAGCGGCUUAUGCGCAGUUACAGCAUUCUCAGUCUCCGUAUGACUCGAUUGGGAUUCAAAAAGCAGACAACUUGGUAGUCGCCGAGCUUAAGACUUUGUCUGAGCUGAAACAAUGUUUCUUGAAGAAACAGGUGGAUCCAAAUCCCGAAAGGACUUUGGUUCUCGCGGAGAUUCAAGAGCUGAGGAGUCUAUUGAAAACGUAUGAGAUAAUGGGGAAGAAGCUUGAGUCUCAGUAUAAGCUUAAAGACUCCGAGAUUAUAUUUCUGAGAGAGAAACUCGAUGAAUCAAUGAAACAGAACAAGUUGACAGAGAAGAGACUUAACGGAAGCGGACAACUUUGCAAUCCUCUUGACAAUCUUCACCUAUCGGCACUAAAUCCAACGCAUUUUGUUACUUAUCUGCACCACACAGUCAAAUCCACCAGAGGAUUCGUGAAGCUAAUGAUCGAACAAAUGAAACUCGCCGGUUGGGAUAUUUCAUCAGCUGCUAAUUCGAUCCAUCCCGGUGUGUUUUACUACAAGCAAGACCACAAGUGUUUCACUUUCGAACACUUUGUCUCCAAUGUAAUGUUCGAAGCAUUUCAUCUACCGUACUUCUCAACUUCAAGCGAUUCAAGAAGCUACAAGAAGAAGAAACAGAGCAAUGCAGAUAGAGAAAUGUUCUUUGAAAGGUUUAAAGAACUCAGGUCGAUGAAAUCGAAAGAUUAUCUAACCGCGCGGCCUAAAUCAAGAUUCGCUAGGUUCUGUAGAGCGAAGUACUUGCAGCUUAUACAUCCAAAGAUGGAGCAAGCUUUCUUCGGACAUUUGCAUUUGAGAAACCAAGUUUCUGCUGGUGAAUUCCCUGAGACGAGCUUAUGCUCUGGUUUUCUUGAAAUGGCAAAAAGGAUUUGGCUUUUGCAUUGCUUGGCUUUCUCUUUUGAACAUGAAGCUGAGAUCUUUCGAGUACCUAAAGGUUGUAGAUUCUCUGAAGUGUAUAUGAAGAGUGUAGCUGAAGAAGCGUUUUUUCCGGCGGCGGAGAGUUCACCGGAAUCUGAGCCACUUGUCGCGUUCACGGUUGUUCCAGGGUUUAGGAUUGGGAAGACUUCAAUACAAUGUGAGGUCUACCUCUCGCUUUCAUGAUCGCCGUUCGAUCUAAGAUUCGAAUAUGGACGGUGAGGAUUCUUGGGCGAUUUGGUAAUUUCUGGAAAUACUGGGGUAUUUUUAGAAAAUGGAGAAAAAUUGUGGGCCGUUGGAUUUGAAGUAGCGAAGUAGUGUUGUGUUUAAUGUUUUUUUUUCUGUCUUUUGAGUUUUGUCGAUAUUAGUUCAGAGAAGACAGAGGCAUCUUUUAGCUGUUGUCCAUUGAAUAUUUAUCUCUUUUUUUAAUAUAAUAUGUAAAUAUUUUAUAUGUUUUU